UACUCACUGAAGCAGAAUCCUCUGAAGAGUUGCUGAGGCAGAACUGAAAUCAUGGCUCGCCACAAAGAAGCAGCCGUAUUGGCCGCUCAUGAUGCCCUCACGCAGAAAGACGAUGCUCCUUUAACUCGGGGGUUUUAAUGGGAAGUUUCUAAGCCUGAAACAACAGCUUUCGAGCUGGGGUGUGCCAUCAGCUGCUUGCAGCUACCACUGUCUACUGCUUCAACACAGCUUGGUCGGGAAGAAUGGAAACUAAAGAGGCUUGUAACUACCUGUAACAGUUCCACCAGGAAAUGGAUCAAGUGUUUGCUCAGCCAGAUCCAGAUCACUCAGUGGCUCCACGGUGCAGCCACCAUGAUCUCAGCAGACUGAUGAUGGAAGAAAAGGAAACUGGGAGAUCCCGAGCUCCUGCUUCUCUGGACGAUGGAUGGAGGACAGCCCGUCCCUUCAGCCCUAGUGCCCCUUGAGAAUGCAUCACCAGAUUCUAGCAUGUCUCUGGAGCAGAAAACCACAUUUGUCUUUGUGAUUUUGUUGUUCAUUUUCUUGGGCAUCCUCAUUGUCAGGUGCUUCCGGAUCCUUCUGGACCCGUAUCGGAGCAUGCCGACCUCAACCUGGGCGGAUGGACUUGAAGGCCUGGAGAAGGGGCAGUUUGACCAUGCCCUUGCCUAGCAGAGGGGGAGCAGGACCCCCUCCUGAAGGGGUGAAGUGGAUCAUGUCUUGGCGAGGAAUCCUCUUUAGUCAAUGUUCUUAGCACCAAGUUUUAACAGCACCCGGUCCUAGGCCUACAAUCCCUCAUUUAUUAAACAUGCCAUUAGGUUAAAAACAUUUGAAGGAUAUUGGAGAUGAAGGUUUCUAACGGUCUCCUGAAAUAGGAAGUCUUGAAUUUCUCUGUUUACUCCUGAAUGAAUAUUGCAAAGGUGUGCGGUGGUGAAAGCAAAGAACAUUGGCAAUGAGACAAACUUUGCCAUAAAAUGAAGUGCUCUCCCACCCAGCCAGAGAGUGGAGAAUGGAAAGGAUCUGAAACAAAUCUGGUCACAGGGCCAUGAAGAGGCUUCCUUGUUCUCAGCGUGUCCCUCAGUUGGUUUUAUUUGCAUGGGAUUCCAGGUCCUGGGCAGAGACUCACUCUGAGAGGCUGAGUGAACCCAGAGGAGCACUGGGAAUCAAAGCAUUAGGGUGUGCUUAGCAGAAACGGUCCCCUCUCUGGAAAGGAUGAGUUAGGAUGACCUCAUUUUAUUUCUCAAGUAAAACUGAAUUCACAGGCUUAUGGAGCUUUGAAAACUCUCCACCAGGCCAAGUACAUUCUAGGUAUUCAUAUUAAUAAGCAGUGUAGACGUAGCUAUACAUAACUUGAAUUUACUUUCUUUACAUAAAUGAUUGAAAGAAUGAGUUGUGAGUGUAGCUAUGAGAUUUUUUUUUAAAGAAAAAGUUAAUUGUUUAGAAGAGAAGACUAUACUAUAUGCUGGCAAAUUGAAUUUAAAUUAAAAAAAUAAAAUAAAAUAAAAUAAAACGAAUAGAAGACUUUCACAGUCUUAAGAGGAAUGUAUGUUUGGGGCUGAAGAGAGAAGCCAAAUAAAACUCUUCAAGAAAUGAUACUGUCUCCUCUCCUAUAUCACUGAGACAAAUGCACUGGUGGCAGCAUGUGACAAGAAGCUCAGAGGAUGAGCACUGUUCUGAGAGACAGGAAAGGCUGCAAGGUCAUUGAGUUCAUCCGUCUCCCAUUUCAGAAAGGACUCCCACACAUCGUCCUGUGCACAUACGACCUAUUCGAAGGCCUGUUUAAGACCACCAAAAAGAGAGAUGUGAAAACCUCUUAUUCCCACUUCUCUUGGUAGGAAAACCUUGUGUCUCAACUAAACCCCUGAGGCUGUACUUAUAAUCUGCAUCUUCUAAUUUUCUCCUCAGCUAGCCAUCCUAUUUUUUUUAUUAAUUAAAAAAGUUAAAAAAGCCAACUAUGCCUGAAAAAGCAGCCCUUAGUAAAACUGCUUUCUUGUCUUCCCUAUUUUUCUUUAACAUUCUUUGUAGGGCCUGCUGUCCAGAUUUCUCCCCUCCUCAUGUUCCCCCAUGACUUUCUUUUUAAAAUUUUUAAAAUUGAUCUCUACAUCCAAUGUGGGACUCAAACUCACAAUCCCAAGAUCAAGAGUCACACACUCUUCCAAACGAGCAAGCCAGGUGCCUCAUGAUGUUUUUUUUAAUUUAAAAAAUAAUAGCUUUAUUGAAAUAUAAUUCAUAUACCAUAAACUUUACACUUUGAAAGUGUACAAUUCAGCAGCUUUUAGUACCUUUCUAGAAUUGUGUGACCACUGACACUAAUUUUGGAAUUCUAUACCAGUAGUGAAGUCUCAUUCCUUUACUCAUAGCCCCUGGCAAUCUCAAAUCCACUUUCUGUCUCUCUGUGGUUGCCAGUUCUGGACAUUUCUUUUUUUAAAGUUUUUAUUUAUUUAUUCAUGAGAGACACAGAGAGAGGCAGAGACACAGGCAGAGGGAGAAGCAGGCUCCCCACUGGGAACCUGAUGUGGGACUUGAUCCCAGCACCCAGGAUCUUGGCCUGAGCCAAAGGCAGACACUCAACCACUGAGCCCCCCAGGUGUCCCUCUGGACAUUUUAUAUAAAUGGCAUUAUUGGAUACGUGAGCUUCUGUAUAUGGCUUUUUUCACUUAGCAUGUUUUCAAAGUUGGCUCAUCCAUGUUGUAUCCCUCCUUUGCAUGGCCAACUAAUAUUCCACUGUUUGGCUGUACUAUGUUUUGUUGGUCCAUUGGUUGUCAUAGUUAUCCAGUAGCUAGUAUGAGGAGUGCUGCUAUGAACAUUUGUGUACAAGUCUUUCCUUCAAGCCUAUGCUUUCAAUUCUCUUGAGUAUAUUCCUAGAAGUGGAUUUGCUGGGUUCUAUUCAAACUCUAUGUUUAACUUUUUGAAGAAUCUGAGACUGUUUCCCAAAGUGGCUGCAUCAUUUUACAUUCCUGCCAGCAAUGUAUGGGGCUUUUGAUUCUUUUCUUAACUCUCUCCAACUACUCAAAUUUCUUCUUUAGCUAUACACUUUAUAAUGGAACACACCGUUUCAAGAAUGAGUCUGAUUAAAAAGAGAGAACCACCUCGUGGUAUCUACAUGCUGCUAGUUCACUGAUGCCUCCGAAGAUCCUUUGCUUUCAGAUCUAAAGCAAAACACUAAUGCUUAUCUGCAGCCAUCCUAUGGUCUGUUAUGUCACCUGAAUAUUUUUUCUGUUUUGCUAAUACAUAUUUCUUUAACCCACUAAUUAAAACGUUUUCUUUUUUAUUCAAAUGUACCAUGUCACAUGUGUUCCUAUUCAAUUUCUUCUAUUUUAUUGAGUCGAUUUAAAUCCAUUCAAGUGUUUACUAAGCACUUGCUUUGAGCCUGGCACUUUUAGCACUGGAGAGAUAGGAAAGGUACAGGGCUAGUUCUUGCUCUUGAAGUACCUUUCAACCUUGUUGGAGACCUAAGAAAUGAAAGAAGGCAUGUGUCUGAAUCCUUGCUCAAAUGGUUGAUAUGGACUUACAGUUCCCAUACUAACAAAAUCAUCUGGAAACUUAAAAAAAUAUACAUGCCUCGCACACACUCAUUGUUCUUGUAAAAGUUGUACAUGAUCAUGGUAAAAUAAAAAUGUAUAAACAUCAUGGAGAACGAUAAAGUAAAUAUUCAUAGCCAAAAUUCUGCCUCCUUAGGU